CUUGUCAGUGCUGACAGCUAUUCUCUAAGGGUUAUAUACAGGGUUAGGCAGCUCAAACACUGGAACCUUUUCUAUGUGGCUGUACUGUGUAGCCCGGGUGCCGGUGCAGUGUCUGAUGUGCUGAAGUGUCUGGUAGUUGCCAAAAUGACAUUUAAAAAUAGCCGAGUCUUUGAAAGAUAAACUUCCAGUCAUGUAUGUCUGAGCUCCUUUUCACACGCUGCUGUGGCUGUCUGAGUUUCUGGGAAGAAUGCGGUUUCUUUUCGCCUUCCACUUCACGUUUCUGUUUCUGUCACUAUCGUAUAGCGAAGCCUAUAGUCCGCGUGGGCAGUUGUGAAGAGCACCGUUCAUAGGGAGACAAACAUCUUUAGACAUCGACGGAAAACCAUAACCAACACUUUUAGCAGAGGAGCAGACGGGUUCCCGACUGUGUAAAGAGGUCAAAGGUGAAACCAUACAGUAACAAUGGGGCCCAACCAGGGAUUUGGAGGGACCCUGUGGAUGAUCUUUCUCUUUACCCUUUUUGCAUCAGGAUCAGGGGAAAACGACAGGAACUUCAAAAUGUGUGGAACCUGGCGCCAUGGCAAUGGGAAAUUAACUCUGGCUCACGAUUUUAAAAGGGGCUGUGGCCACAUCACCAUCUCAGCCAAUGAGAGCUCCCUGUCCAUUCAUGGUCAGAUAACGGCCCAAUGUCAGAACUCUUCUGUCAUCGAGCUGGGCCCGAGCCCAGAGGCAAGAGAGAGACCCUUCUGUAUGUACUGGGAGCCACUUCUGGACCACCUCUGGGUAGAGGUGAAUGGAAAGAACCACACUCUGUGCUGGUCGUCUGGUCUACAGGGGAACUGCUGCACUGACCUGUCCCAAGGCAAAAAAUACGGGAUUUCGAUGUACGGGAUACUCAACGCGACACAACAGGAUGAUAUCAUAAGUUACAAAAUACACCCAGCCUAUGGGUUUUUUGGCGGAAUGAUCAACUGCAAAAACGAGUUUUGUGAAGAGGCGAGUAAGGGAUCCGGUGAUAAAGUGAACAUGAUAGAGGAGACAGUGAUGAGGUCCAAGGUGCUGGGGAACGUGGUGCUGCCCUGUGCCAUGAGCACUGUGGUGGAGAUGAAGGAAGGCUUUCAGGGCUACAACAUCACUCUGCCUGCGCCUCGAGGAGUUCCUCCUCAAAUGAUUCCAUCAGUUCACCUGCCUUCUUGUCUGAAACCUCCAGAAAAGAAAAAGGUCAAGGUUGUCUGCACCUACUUCAAAAACAGUACCUUUUUCCAGUGGCGUUCUAAGGCAAACCACAAUGGCGUCAGGAUUCUAGAAGAUGUGGUGGGAAUCACCGUGGAGAACGAGAUCAUCACCAACCUUACAGAGCCAAUCAGGAUUGGUUUCCAUCAUUCUGUCAUACCAACAAGUCACUCAAGAAAAUGUGUUUCUUGGGACACAAAGAAAGAUCCAGCAGAGGUCACAUGGAAAAAGGAAGGUUGUGAGACCAUACAGAAAGGUGCAGAGGACACAGAAUGCCACUGUAAUCAUCUCACAUACUUUGCCAUCCUAGUGCAAUUGGAACCACGACCAGUGCGCCAUCUGAAGGCUCUAACGGUCAUUACAUCAAUGGGCUGUGCCGCUUCUACGUUGAGCUGUGUUGUCAUCAUGAUCUUCCUUAACAAACAGAGGAGAAGGAUGAACCCAUCCACUGCGGUCCAUCGAGGUCUGGCCAUAGCACUGUUCCUUCUUAGCUUCCUCUUCUUCCUGACAGGGAUUGUGGCCAACGUGGGAGGGAACAAGGCAUGCUGUGUUUUUGGGGCGGCUCUCCACUAUGCUCUGCUCAGUUCCUUCUCCUGGAUGUCUAUUGAAGGGUUACACACCUUUUGGUUGGUCUAUGUAGUGUUCAGCCCCUCCCCCAGUCUUUACGUCUGGCACCUGGUUGGCUUUGGUGUCCCAGCUGUUCCGGUCAUUGUACUGCUUGCCAUUGGAAAAGUCUAUGGUGUGAUAGAGGUUGUGUCCAUUGAUGAUGUCGACAACUCCUACUUGAUGUGCUGGAUGGAUGUCUCUCCAGACUCUGUGGGCCUACUAGCCCAUUACUUCAUCAACCUGACCUUCCUGGCUGUAGUGGUCCUCUCUGGUCUGAUCAUGCUCUUCCUGGUCCAGAGAAAAAUCCAGAACCGAGACGAGUGGAGAAAGAACAAGGUGGCGUUCAUCAGUAUCUGGGGUCUCAGCUGCCUUUUUGGGACCUCAUGGGGCCUGGAAUUCCUGGACUUUGGACAGCUCUCUGAGUUCAUCCUCUUCCUUUUCUGCAUCCUCAACUCCCUACAGGGUUUCUUCCUGAUGCUUCGAUUCUACAUUCUUGAUCGGAUGCAGAAACAAUCGGGGUCUAGUUUGGAUGGUAGCAGUAGCACAGCAUCUUCCACCAGGCAACACAUGCUACAGGAGUAGAGCUGAGCUGGGGUACAUGGGAUACCAAAUUUUUGUAGGGUAAAAGGAGGAGCAAUGUACCAAACACUGUCACUCAGAACAUUCCAACUCUGGGGUUGAGAUUCAGAAUAUUGUACUGCACAAGCCAUUUCCAUACACAUAUCUGAGUGACUGUAAAAAAACUACUGUCAAAAUGAAAGCUUAAAGCUAAAAUCUGCAUAAGGUGAAACAGCGCCACUGGUCGCCCCAGGCGCAUUUGUUAUUUUUUUUAUUUUUUUUAACAGGGCAGAGAUGCAUCCUGCAUCGUGGUAAAAUAAUAUAGUACUCUGCUGAUCUAUCGCAUGUGCGAUGAUGUCAGAGGCAAAAAAAAACAAAACGGGUGUUCGUUGUUUGAAGUAACGUCCUUGUUGUUGUAAUAUUGCAAACGGACGUUGCAGUUUCAUCGCUAUGGAGUCCAGCUUUAAGCCCCAGGGCGACCCUUAAAAUGGUUGUUUUAUUCUGUGUACGUUUAUUAUCUCAUAGAUAUCAGUCAUUCCAAACUUGAGCCUCAUCGUUUUUGUUUACCCAUUACCCAUCAUGUUGUCAAAUCCCACAUGUAACAAACUUUCAUACAUAGUUUUAAAGAGAAUGGCAGCCCAUACAUCAGUCAUACAGAUGUUAGAAGAAGUUAGAUGAAACUGAAAUGUGCUGUAUGGGAGACAUUCCAAUUCAGAUGGUGGAUAAAUCGGUAGGUGAUUUGUAAUUUACAACGUCUCUAAAACUAUGUACUGUUUCAGUGAUUUUUUUCCCCAUCUACUUUACCUAGAAAGGGACUCAUAGAAGUGGCGCUCUGUAGAAUGUCUGCUGAGUGUCUUUCAGAUGAUGGCCUAUGACAUUUGGUUGAAGUUGGCAACUUGCUCUAUUCUGUGACCGACACACUGUACAUUCAGAUCAUAGUUACUGGACUGUUUUUUUGCACUUUAUUUUUUCACUCGUACAGAUAUUUAUUUUUUUGAAAACAUGACUGGUUGUGUCGCUCACAUCAUUGUGUGUAUAUAUUUUGCAACUUUUGAAAACGUAUUGUAGUAUUGUAUUUGUAUAUUAGUAUGAAUGUAAAUGUGUAUUGCUUCAAUUAAAGUUUACUGUACAAGAAAAGAA